ACAGUUCAAGUUUUUCAAUUGCUUCAAAGUGAAGUUUCAAGUUCAAGAGGCCCAGGGAUAAUUACCCAGGUCACCGUAGAAAUCGCUCGGGCCAUCACUCUCAUAAAGGGAAGCGUAGGGGAAAGAAGAGGUCUCAGGAUCGCUACAAGGAGGUUAGAUCUCGACAUUCCUCGCGAGACUCAUCAUCGACACCUCGGGCGUCGCAGGAAACCUCACGGUGCCGUUCUCCCUCUCAGACAUUAUCCCAGCUAAUACUGGCCACGGCUCUAAAAGGCUUUCUCGCUUUUAUGAAGCAACACAGCUCCCAGAGUGCAGGGAGUGUAAGUAGGGCGAAAAAUCCCCCCAGUCCCACGGCGGACUCUCUUCUCCUCCAGGAGAAUACAGAUACCAUUGUCUCUCCAGAGGUUGAGACCGAAAUAGAUGAGCAGACGGUUCUCCAGAACCGGGGCGUUGCACCAGAACAGCCAGAGGAGCCGGCACCAGGAUGUACAGUGUUGUUUACGGACCCCAAGGUGACCCAGAUAAGUGCGGAGGAAGAAGAAAACUCUGGUAGCCGAGCUGUUUGGCGAGGAACAAUGCUCGUCAAGCGAUGCGACUUGGGAUCCUGUAAUCUUUAA